AUGGAGCUGAAUUUCCUGGUAAACAUCAAUAAUUCUGGACCUCGCAAACGUCGCCGGCGCCGUGGUUCAAUACCAACAUUAUGGAUGACGUUAGCGAAAGGCAGAAACGCUGCCGGACGAGUAAAGACAGGCCAUCUAUCUAGGUAAGU